UUAUUUGAAAACRGCUAGUGCUAAGUACGGAGUUGGAUUUUGGCGCCCUGGUUCUGGGAUUAUUCAUCAAAUAAUUCUGGAAAACUAUGCAUUUCCCGGAUUGUUGAUGAUUGGCACAGACUCUCACACGCCUAAUGGCGGUGGACUUGGUGGAUUGUGUAUUGGAGUAGGUGGUGCGGACGCUGUUGAUGUGAUGGCAAAUUUUCCAUGGGAGUUGAAGUGUCCUAAAAUUAUUGGAGUCCAUUUAACUGGUAAAAUGAAAGGAUGGACAACACCAAAGGACGUCAUCCUUAAAGUGGCAGAUAUUUUGACAGUCAAAGGAGGAACCGGUGCUGUAAUUGAAUAUCACGGUCCAGGAGUUGAUAAUAUAUCAUGUACAGGUAUGGGUACCAUUUGCAAUAUGGGAGCUGAAAUUGGAGCCACYACCAGUUUAUUUCCAUAUAAUCACCGAAUGGCGAAUUAUUUAAAAGCUACUUCACGUAGUGAUAUUUCAGAAGAAGCUGCAAAGUAUAGUGAAUCAUUGUUGACUCCUGACAAAGGCUGUCAUUAUGACCAGGUAAUCYUUUGUACUUGUACUAAUACAAUACCACGCUAASAUGUYGUUGUUUUAUCAUUGGUGUAGUUAAUUGAACUCGAUUUAACAACAUUGGAACCUCAUGUCAAUGGACCAUUUACACCAGAUCUCGCUCAUCCUAUUUCAA